AUGCACUUGUCCAAGAUCCUUAUUGCAGCUUGCACGCUGGUGCCUAUGGUUUUUUGCCAAGCGGUGCAACCCGCUGAUCGAGUAUUCGAACGAGCAGCGAAUGCAACAUGCACCGGCGCACCGAUAGAUGGCUACCACCCUCCGAAGAUCGGAUGGCCUCCUUAUCAGUGGGGCUGUCACCUGAAGCAUCGUCCUAAGAGACCCGUCUUUGAGCUCAUCCACUACCACGACUGCCAGGACUGCUACCAACCGGCUGAUCGAUUCGACGAACUGGGCGGCUGGGAAGGGCACCAAGACGCAGACUCACUCUGCAAGCCGCUACCACCUGGUCCUCUUUGGCCACAGCGGGUCCGCUACACAUACCACGAAUUGAAGGAUGGCAAAGCCAGCUGUCAAACAAUGCGCCUGUAUGAUAGCAAGUUCACUACUGGCGGAGGCUGGAUAGGCGACGACGAUGCACGAUUCCACAAGAUCAUCUUCCAGCGGGUGAGGGAGUAUGACAAAGACGGGAUUGAGAAGGAAUUUUCGCCGCGCGCGUGGUCGUGUAAAGUCUCAGUGUAUGAGCUCGGCAACUACGAUUGUCAGGGAGAGCCUGUCGCUGUCUUUGGUGACGAGGACGACAGAAAGUGCUUGGAUGUGACGGGGCAGAAUGUGAAGGUGGAGUGUGAGGUGAGGAACUAUGGAGUCAUCAAUGGACCGGGGCCGAAUGGACCAGAUGGGCCAUGA